AUGGCGCCGACGCUGCUGGACCUGGCCCACUGGAGCACCUGGGCGGUGUGCGCGGUGAUCAAGCUGCCGCAACUGGCGGCAGUACUGGCGGCCAGGUCGGCGCGGGGGGUCAGCGUGGGCAGCCUCCUCCUGGAGCUGGCCGGCUUCCUUGUGUUUCUGAGGUACCAGAUUUAUUAUGGUUACCCUCUGCAGACAUACCUGGAAUAUCCCAUCAUCAUUGCACAAGAUGUCAUUCUCCUUUUGUUUAUUCUGCGUUUCAAUGGAAACAUGAAACGAGCUUUGUUCUAUGCAGUCACAUUUUGGGGGGGCUGGUACAUGCUAACACUGCGAAAGUGGAUAAUAGACCUGGCCAUGAAUUUGUGCACGCUGAUCAGCGCAGCCAGUAAGCUGGCUCAGCUGCGGUGUCUCUGGCAGACAAAAGAUUCUGGACAAGUGAGUGCCUUGACCUGGAGUAUGUCUGCAUAUACCUGUGCAACAAGAAUAGUUACAACUGUAAUGACUACGAAUGAUCUCGCAGUUCUCAUUCGUUUCAUAACCAUGCUCAUUCUCAAUAUUUGGGUCACAGCCACAAUCCUGCACUACAGGAAAACUAAAAAGACUGAUUAGAAGACAUUCAUCAACACACAACAUAGUUACCAUCAAAAGAACCUGAUACAAUUAAGCUUAAACAACAGAACAAAGGUCGAGGAAGCUCUCUCUCUUAAGCCUAGCAUUUAUCCCUAAGCCUACUUAGUAUAGUCAUGCUUAUUUUCUCUUAGAAAUAAUUCUGAUAAGAUACUUAAUUUAAGCAGCAUAUUUUUAUUGGUCAUUUAAGACAAGUUUCACUGAUACCACAUUUUCUCUGGAUUUUUUUUACUAAAUGAACAAGGUAUUUCAUAUUUAGAUGUUUAUAUAUUCUGAUAUCACUUCAGUACUUUCUGGUUACAUAUAAGCAAUUUUCUUCAAUUAUACAAGAGCAAUUUUGCACCAACAUAUCAACUCAUCUUUCUGCAUCUGCUGCGAGUUUGAAAAACAACAACAGAUGCUUGUCUUCUUGCAAGCAACUCAAUUAGUUUGACAUUAACUAUCUGUACUUUAGGAUGAAGAAAAUAUGAGUCAAGGCCCAAUUCAAACUAAGGUUCUAAAUGUGUUUUACUAAGUAAGUCACAAAUCCCGUUGGUACUGUAGCGCUUAAAUGCAACACUUAAAUAGUGCCAUUUAUACAGCUGAUAGAGGAUGCCCACGGUCACUUUCUUCAGUAUACCCAGUUUUUAUUAGGAUAAGAGUAAAAACUCAACUAUGAAUUCUUCUUUUUCAACCUGAGCUCUCAUUCACUGAACAUACUGUUUCGGGAACAGCAGAGACUAGAACGUGUAGAAAUUAAUGAAACUUUGACCGACAGAGUUAAAAAUUUUGUUCAAGCAGAAGUUCCUGAACCGAUACCCCGAGUCCCCAAAUGCAAUCCAUACUGACAGUGGCCCGUUUACAUGUGCACCUUGAUGCGUCAAAGCAGACUCAUCUCCAGUGGUUAUCAGUUUUUGAGGAUACUGCUCCGUGCUUUGUUAGUUUUUAGCCUGUCUGUGUGAAGUGUGCUGAAGAACAUAAAGACUUCAGUUUUUACUUUGGAGAUUCUCAUCAGUUUGUAGUAGGUAUAUUAAAAAAGGGAAAAGGAUAUUCUUGAGAACUCUUAAUGGGGGAUCUUGCUUUUGGAAGUAAUGCCUUUCUGACCAAAAGUUACAGAAAUAAUCACAUACCUUGCGCUCAAGUCUCAUUAUAUUCUCCGAAAUUACAAGAUAGACAAGAUACACCUUUUCAAAAGUUCGUACAGUAUUACUGUUGAUUGGCAUGUUAAAACCAAGGCACCCUUGGUCCUGACACCCUUGAAAACUACAGGGAGGCUGCAUUGACUACAUUUGAGGCAGUUUUUCCUUGCAACAUGCUGAAUCAUUGGAGUCCUGUGGAAGAGCAGGAUCUGCAAACGCAGGUGUUUCUGCCAGUGUACACGCAGCAAUCAGACUGAGACCUUCACCGUCAGAAAACAUAGCUGCUUUGUAAACUCUGAUUUUAGAGUGGGAAGGGGUGGGCAGAAGUAUGUCUGUGGACAUACGAUUUCAUGUAUCUCAUAUUAUUGAGAGCAAGUUCAAAGAUGAGGAUUUUUUACUGCUCCAAUAAAAUGCACAAAUGUUUCUAUGUUGGUUGAGAGAGUAACUGUAAAUAUCCUGUUACUGAUUUUACUAAAGCUAUGUAAAAUACCUGAAGUGGUCUAAAUGGUGGCAAGUGUCAUGUGAUACAUUUUCCAGGUCAUAUUA